GCAGCAGGUGCCGCCGUUGAGGGCUGAGCCCUCGGCAGCCCCACGGCCCGAGCCGCCAUGGAGGUGCCCCGGGUGCUGCUGGCUGCCGCUCUGCUCCCGCUGCUGCCCCUCAGCAGGGCAGCUGUGCCGCUGCCCACCAUGGCCCCACCACUGAGCAUGGUGGUGGCUGGGCAGCGCCGGCAGCUGGUGGUCUGUGUGGUGAUCGACUUGGCUCCCAGCUCCGGCCACGCUGUCUGGAUCUCCAGCGGGAAUGGCAGCGUCCUACCGUCCUUUGCCUACGGGGCCUCUCAGGAGGAUGGUGGUACCGUCUGCUCUGUCUCUCUCCUUUCCAACGACCCCUUGGCCGAGGGAGAACUCGCCUGCCAUGUCGGGGCCAACAGGACCUCCCCAUCCCACAGCUCCAGCCCCAUUCGCAUCACGGGCAACGAGGAGGUGACAGAGCUGUGUCCUGGUAGCACAGCCGUGUUCCCGGACCAUGCCUUGGCAGCUCUGCUCAUGGCUGUUCGGGUGGUGCUGCUGAAGGUCGUGCUCUCAGAUGCCCUCCUCACCUCCAUCCUCCUUGCCCAGAGCUGAGGGCUUGGCAGAUGCCCACCCUGAGGGGCUUGGAACCUGUGUCAGCGUGCAGCAAUAGCUGUGGGCAGCACCUGGAUAACUGGACCCAGCAGUGAGCACGCCUGGCAUGUGUGGGGACAAUGCAGCAGGUAUGGUGUGGAAAGGGACAUCUUCAAGGCCUGAGUCCAGAGGGGCUGCAGGAAGGAAUGCUCAUCUCACCUGAGAAAUGGCCACAGACACCUCUGGCCCCUGGUGCCAGCAGAGAGAAGAUCGUGCAGGAGGUGCACACAGGGCUUCUCAAUACAGGCAUGGGAGCUCGGGAGAAGCCACCUUGCUCUCCUCCUGCCUGUGGCACGACCCUCUGCUCACAUCAUUGCCGGGACAAGACACAAUGUCUCAUUGCUGCCGCCAGACCGCUCCUGCUAGGGCUUGGCCCUUCUCCUAAAGUGGGGCUUUAAGAAGAGGUGCUCCUGACAAACAGGAGCCCGCAGCAGAGGAUAAAACUUUCUCCAGCCUCCUGCAACCCUAGUUUUGGGGAAGCAAGGGCCACACCAUGCCUGGUUUCCAUCCAUCUGACAGAGUACCCGCUUUUGACCCCUCCACAUUUCCAGUUGUAAACACCUGAGAUAUUUCUCCUGCUCUCUUUUUCUAUAGCUCUGUUGAACUUUUUUUUACAGAAGAAAUAAAGCUUAUUUUUUAGUUUUAUAAAAGAAACCCUGCACUGUGUUCUAAAGCUGUUGGUGCUGUGGUCUCUGCAGCAGUGUUGCUGGAGCUCAUGGCCUCUCUGGCAGUGGCACAGUCCAUAGCCACACCUUGUCCACUGGGCCCUGCCAGCUGCUUGGUCCCCAGCACAGUCCCCAGAGCACUGAGGGGACCAUUACCAGGUGGGAUGUUCUGUGGUCACGAGGAGAAACUAUGACCCAUGCUGGGACAUGCAUUGCGAAAAGAUCCUGUCCUCUUCCAAGAGGAAGAGAGAGCUUGUGUCGCGGAGGUAGAAGCUUCAGGAGGAAACCUACAGGCAGAACUGGCCCUGUCUGACUUCCCAGCUGUGCUGUAGCGGCUGGCUUACACUGAAGCAUUGUUUUGGGUGUUCCUGCUUCAGGAGUU